AUGGCCGGAUGGAAACGUGGCCAGCUCGCCGCUUUCGAUGCGACCGCCCGGCACCCCCUUCAUGAUGAAGAGGAUGGACAGUUUCGUGCCGUCAGCUCGCACCCUGAGGACCGCGGUCAUGCGAAGCGAAUGCUUUUCACGCUGGAGCGAACGUGGUUGAUCAACUCGAUGAGUCCUGGCGGGUCGGGAAAGACCUCGUAUCUUCCACCAGGAUCUCGUGCCUUUGGCUGUUUGGCGCUACCGCCAUUACUUAUUCUCGACCGCGUCCGCCGCAUGGAGCUCUUCGAGCAGGCUAACUCAACCAAUGUCAAGCGCUUUUGUAUUACCCAAGGAGUUCCCCGGUCAUCGUUUCAACGCUGGCUCACCCGAAAGGACUUGUACAUGCAAACUACCCGCGGUGGCAAGCACAGAUCACUUGGCGGGCAAGGUCUAACUGAGUCCAUGACCUUUUCACGAGGGCUGGUCACGUUCAUGAAGGUUGUCCGCCGAGACGAACACGUGCUCACUGCGGCGCAAAUUUUGAAUUGGAUGAAGAAGCACCAUCCGCAUUUGCUCGACGUGUAUUCGGCCUCCAAGAAGAACGAUGUGAAUGGCUACAACUCGUUGAUGCGACUCUGCCAGCAAUAUGCCCCCGACAUGGAUUUGACCAGCGCGUUGCAUUUGUGUCCAAGUUGCGUGAAGAACAGUUGCAAGAAAUUCAAGCAACGUUUGCCAAAAUGUUUUGGAACAACUACGGCACCUACAACGACGACGAAAUUCUCAACGUCGACGAAACGGGCGUUUAUUACGACAUGCCGCCGCGGUCUACAUGGGCUCUGA